AUGGUGCCGAUUCAUGGCGACGACGACUACUACGCUGGAUGCCGACGCCGAUUUUAUUACCAGCAGCCAGAGUUCAUAAACAACGACGAUCUGCAACAAGUCCUAGACGCACUCGCGCUGUAUAGAGGAAGACCCUCGCAGUAUGACCCACCGCCGCCAUACCCUGGCCCGGCGCCAUCAAACGAUGUUCCACCGCCGCCAUCCCCUGGCCCGGCGACAUCAAACGAUGUUCCACCGCCCCCAUAUCCAGGCCUGGCGCCAUCAAACGAUGCUCCACCACCGCCAUACUGGACAGUGACCGGACGACGGCUGCCAUACUACGAGCCCCCGCCACCGUACUACGAGACGCCACCGGCACCACGUCUGGCACCAGCACCCGUGCGGUAUGAGGCAUCGCCCCCGU